AUGUCAGUUAUGGACCACUAUUCCACCAGUGUUGUAAUUGAGUCGUGGUGUCUGUAUGGGAUUGGAAUUUGUCUUAUUGGAUGUCGUUUAGCUUCGCGGCGUAUACGCUUAGGAUCAUGGAAAAAGCUUCAAAUUGAUGAUGUGCUUAUGUGUAUAAUUGCGCUCUCCUUCACCGGCGUUACUUACACAGUUAGUGAAAUGGCUCAGAUGAAUAACGAUCUGGUGCUGGAGGACCUUGCCUCUUCAUCAAGAACAACAGAACAGAGCUCCUACAGGAGUAAAAUUAGUGUGACGAUGGAGCAACUAUCUGUUGUCAGCCUGUGGAUGAUCAAGGGCUGUCUUUUGCUUCUCUAUAAUCGUUUAACCCUAAGAACAAGGGAACAUCGCCUAGUCCAGGUAGUAGCUGUGUAUGUGAUUGUAACAUUUAUUGUCCUGGAGAUUCUCUUUUGGGCUGUCUGGUGUGUGCCGCCGCAGAAAUACUGGCAAUGCACGCGUUUUUGGAAUCAUCUAAUUACAACUACUGUCUUGAAUAUCUCUUCCGAUUUAUUGAUACUGAGUAUCCCAAUCCCUUUGCUCAUCCGGCUCCAGAUUUCAAGAAUAAAAGAUGGCACAUCGCAGAAAUAG